AUGGAGCCCUUGUCUUCCGAGCUCAAUUGGAGAAAGCUUUUUCGAGGAACGAAAGAGCAAUCCCUAGAGUAUUUUUCGCCUGAAUUGUUGGAGGGUAUUUCUAUUGUAAAGCCUCCUGUUGCUGUAAUUGAAGAGGGAAUCGCUGAAUGGGGAUGUGCUGUGGUUGGGCAAUUCAUUGGAGACGCUCCCAAUUUUGGCUCCAUAGACUGGGUGCUUGAGAAUGGCCCUUGGCAAAUUCAAAACAAGCAUCUCGUGUUAAGGAAAUGGGAACCGAACUUAAGGAAACUUGAUUUUGAUCUUAAACGCAUGCCUGUCUGGGUUCAUCUAUAUAAUGUUCCCUUAGAGCUUUUUUCUCGAGUUGGUCUCAGUUAUAUAGCAAGUGCUGUGGGUAAUCCAUUGUAUAUGGAUUCUGUUACUGCUUCAAAGGAUAGGCUCGAAUUCGCCAAAGUUUGUGUCGAGGUUGAAGCUGGGGCAGUGAUCCCUGAGGUGAUCCAUAUAGUCUUAAGGGAUGGCUCUUUUGCAAAAAUUAGGGUGUAUGCUCCUUGGUUUCCUAAGAUUUGUUUACAGUGUAAUACUUUUGGCCGUUUAGCAAGUAGUUGUGCUGAAGUACUAAAAGGCCCUUCGAAAACUAAGGAAACUAAAGAAACUCAUUUUUGGAGAAAGAAGGUGAAUUCAAGUGCUCCUGCUAAUGCUGGUAAAGAGAGGUUGGUUAGCACUUCUAGUUUGCCUUUGGCUCCCUCUACUUUUGCUACACAGAAGACUCAACCAAAUAGUGAGAUGCAGAGGGCUACCAGUUUGCAACUAGGUGUUAUUGAGGAAGUUUCUGUUCUUGCUCUUCAACUUACUGCUACCACUCUACAGGUGGAAAAGAAAACGAUAGAUAAUCCUGGGAAAGAUGAUCAGGUUAAGCUGUUGCCUGAUCUUGCUUCUCAAGGUAGUAAACUUGAGGUAAAGGAAAAUGUUGUUUCUCAAUCUCUUGGGAAUAUUGUUAUUACUAACCCUGUUAAGGAAGUUUCUGGUAGUGGUGAUCUGAUUAAUGCUGCUGGAGAUAAAAUCAUCCCUAAAGCUACAAAUUGUGAUGAAGAUUUUCCAUCUCUACAGGAUUCCUUAAAUCAAAAGAAGAAGGCUAGGGGAAAAAAGAAGGAUAAUAUUGGUUCUUCUAGCAAAUUGGAGUCUCUUGCUGGAGGAGGUGUUCUUGAUGGGCCAAGGAAGACCAGGACAACUUCCUUUGGAGUUGCUAUGCUUCUUAAUGAAAUCAAGACAAAAAGAAAGAGCAUUUGGAUAAAGCUAAGGAUGAGACUUUGGGUGUUGUGGAGGAAAGGACUGUCAUUUUCUUUCUUAAGAGGCUGUGAUCAGGCCUUUACCAUUGCUGGAGAUGUAACUGGUCAUAGCAUGGUUAUUACUGAUGUAGAGGACUUCAAUGUAGUUGCCAAUGCACAAGAAAGUUUAGAUUUUGACACUUUGGGGGUGCAUAGCAGUUCUAACAUGGAUGAUGUAAAAGGAUGCUUGGUGGAUUUGGAGUUACAGGAUCACCCUUUUUCAGGCCCCUUAUUCACCUGGUCAAAUAAGCAAGAAAACUCUUAUUUGGCUCAAAAGCUGGAUAGAAUUCUUAUAAAUUCUCAAUGGUUGCUGGAUUUCCCUGAUUCAUUUGUGGAGUUCCAAGCUCAGGGAGUCUCUGAUCACACCCCUGGCAUAGUUUGGUCUCAAAGGAGUGCCCAAUGUGCUGGAAAUCCGAUGCAAAUUUUCUUUUGUAAGAUGAAAAGGAUAAAGCCUUUGUUAAGGGAAUUCAACAAGAGUUAUUUCUCUGACAUUUCUGGUAGAGUGACUGCUAAGAGAGUUGAACUGGAAUCUAUUCAAAUUCAUAAUCUUGGCCAUGUAGAUCAUAGAAGAGUGGCUGAAGAGAAAAUGGUUCAGGCAGAAUUAAUUGAAUUGGAAACUGCAGAAUCUGAGUUCUAUAGACAAAAAGCAAAAGCUCACUGGUUGAAGGAAGGUGACAUGAGUACUAAAUUUUUUCAUCAAAGAGUUGAGUCAAAUAAGAAAAGGAAUACUAUCAGAAUGAUCAAAGAUGAGAAUGGGGAGUUCCAUGAAUCUUUUGAUGGCAUGGCUUCUGAACUUGUUAAUUUUUUCAAGGGCCUCAUUGGCACACCCGACCCUUUAGUGAAGGGCUGUUAUGUGGAAUGGCUGAAAUCCCUGUUGGAUUACUCCUUGCCUGAUGGAGCUGAUGUAUUCCUUGUUGGUGAGAUCACAGAUAAGGAGAUUAAGGAAGCACUUUUUAGACAUGGAAAGGAUAAAAGCCAAGGGCCAAAUGGUUACACUUCUUGGUUUUUCAAGGUAGCAUGGGAGAUUGUUUGCAAAGAUUUUUUUGUAUGCUACAAGGAGAUUGUUAGGGGAUACUCUAGGAAAAACCUUUCUCCUAGAUGUUCUUUGAAAAUAGAUCUCCAAAAAGCUUUCGAUUCAGUUUGUUGGGAUUUCUUAUUGAAUGUUCUUGAAGCUUUGGGUUUGCCUGCCAUUUUUUGUGGAUGGAUAAAAGCAUGUGUGAGUACUCCUAGGUAUUCUAUUUCUUUAAGUUUGGUAGGGUAUUUUUUGGGAGCAAGAGGAGUGAGGCAAGGAGAUCCAUUGUCUCCUUACCUCUUUGUUAUUGUAAUGAAUGUGCUUUCAGUUCUACUGAAUGUUGCUGCAAGGGAUGGUGUAUUUAGGUUUCAUCCAAAGUGCAAGAAAAUUUGCCUUACCCACAUUUGUUUUGCUGAUGAUCUACUCCUGUUCUUCCAUGGGACUCUAGAUUCUGUUGUGGGGGUUAUUAGCAUUCUUGACAAGUUUUAUGAACUUUUUGGCUUAAGAUUAAAUGCUAUGAAAUCUGAGUUCUUUUCUUGUGGGGUGUCUGUGAAUAGUCUGCAGCAGAUUCGAUUAGCUACUGGCUUCAAAAUUAGCCAGCUACCUGGUAGUGAUAUUCCAGCAAAGGGGGCCAGAGUGAGUUGGAGUCAGAUUUGUUGUUUAAAAUCUGAAGGUGGUUUGGGCCUGAGGAAGUUAAUUGAUUGGAGCAAGGCUUGUUACCUUAUGCUUGUUAGGAAAAUCCUUGCUGAUGAUGGUUCCUUGUGGAUUGCAUGGAUCAAAGGUUAUUGCUUCAAAACUAUGGAUUAUUGGAAUGUUGGUUGCAAAACCCAUUUUAGCUGGAUUCUCAUAAAAUUGCUAAAGCUAAGGGAUGAAGCUAGGAGACUGUUCUGGCCUGCUAUCAAUUUGACACAGAUCAAAGGUGGUUGGAUUUGGGAUAGUGUUCAUGAUAGGAGGGACAAGGAAUCCCGUAAUCAUCUCUUCCUGGAAUUGUCUUAUGCAAAGAGGUUUGGGGUACUAUUUUGCGAGCUUGUGGACUCCAGCUUCAGGUGCUGCACUGCUAGAAUGACGCUUUGCGCUGGCUGA